AUGCCGGCAACACCAUUCCAGGUUGAGGCAUGGACAGAGUAUGCCCUUGGCACUCUAAUUAUUCUUGCGCGCAUCGCUUGUCGAUGUUCGAUAGUCGGCUGGGACUGGGAUGGAGAUGAUUAUUUUGCUGUGAUUGCUAUUUUCUUCUGGACCGGCGAGCUGUGUAUGCUCGAGCUAAUAGGACAAAAUGGUUCGAUUACUGGUAUCAACGAUGAGAUAGCCCUUAGUCUGACGCCAGAACAAACGAGACGAAUUGUUGUCGGCAGCAAAUGCCUAUUUGCCGGAUGGAUUCUAUACGUAACGAUGAUUUGGUGCUUAAAGACAUGCAUGCUCUUCCUCUUUCGGAGAUUGACGCUUGAUUUACGGCAAAAGCAACUUGUUAACAUUACUUCGGGAGUGUGCCUUGCGGGCUACCUCUCUACUCUCAUCGUAAUGUUAACAAAAUGUUUACCUAUUCACAAAAAUUGGCAAGUUUAUCCUUAUCCAGGAGAUGCUUGCGCUCUGAAUAUUCCAAACUACUUGGCGCUGGUCGUUACCAACGUUACGACCGACUUGAUGAUAUUGGCAAUCCCACUCCCACUGCUCUGGAGAGUACAAAUGCCCUUGAUGCGGAAAAUUGUUUGUGCUCUUUGGUUGUGUAUGGGCGUUUUUAUCAUUAUCGCGACACUCUUGCGAUGUAUUCUAUGCUUGCAAGAUGUAUCAUCCAUUAACCUGGGAACCAUCUGGUCUAUCCGAGAGACUUUCGUUGCCAUCAUUGCCGUCAACGCACCCAUCCUCGGCCCCUGGAUGACAAAGAAGGCUUCUGUUGCCGCAUCACGCGGCUCAAAGAGCAAUCAGUCUGGCGGAUCAGGUUCAAGUCCCGGGCUUGUCACGAUCGGACAGCAGAGCAACCGUCUGGAGAGAUUGGGAAAAGAUGGACGAUCGAACAAGACUGGCUGGACGACGAUUGACGACGGCAGCGAAGAACACAUUGUUGGCCGAGAUGCAGAGUUGGCGAGUCAGGAAACGGCGAGUCGAAGUGUCGAGUCUCGGUAG